AUGUGUGGCGGUGAACAAUACCCUUCUGCCCAUUCACCUUUGGAGAUGGACGACGACGAUAUCGAAGUACAGGAGCACGACGAGAGCCCAUUCGAUUCUCCUCCGACUUCGCCGGACCUCGACGGUAGUGGCUCUAGCACUCCCAAUCCUAUCCCUAUUCGUGCUAGGCAGUCUCCCAGCUUCAACUAUCACGAGCUUCAGAAACUGAAGGCGCAAGAUGGCGUUUUCCUCUCCCACCACUGGUCUCGACACCAUUCCACCUCCGGGUCCCAGCAGUCCGACAGCACUUUGCGACAGUCAGGCAGCCUUUCCGGAUCGCUAGUGCUGCCUGAAGCUGCUAUUCCUGAGGAGAGGACCGGCAAUGAAACUGGCAACAAAGCGAGGAAAAGCUUCGGCGGUGCCAACCUCGGAAUGACCAGCAACAUCGAUCUACUUGAGGAACGCAGCGAACGGGAUCUCGUUACUGGCCAUCUUAACGGUAACGGCGUCUAUGAGCCUCGAGGAGUCGAUGCGGUGGAAAAAGAGCUGGCGAGCGGUUUGGAGAAAUCGGCCAUUUCUGAGGGAUCCAGCCGACCUCGGUCUGGCACAGGCGAUGCUCGGGUUCAAGAGGCACAACAAAAAGCGGCUGAGAGUGGAAUCGCUACAGAGCUGGAAGGCCUAUAUGGGCGAUUCUCGAGAUGUCUCGACUUGAGGGACAAGUACAUGGAGAUAUCCUUGCAGCGUCUCGGAGACAACCCAAGAGACCACGAUGGAACGUUCGCCGGUUUCAACCCUCCUCACAAGGCUGAUGUCAACGGCUUGCGCCCGGACGUCGACCCUUACAAUGCCGAUGAGAGACCAGAGGGAGUAGAGUCCAAGCGCUGGAACAUCUAUCCAUCUCCUCCUCCUCGUCACUGGCACUGGAAGGCGCCUGGCCAAACCCCAGGCGAAGGCGGUGAAGGAUACGACGAGAGUCAGAGGGGUCCUGAUGGCCAGAUCAAGGGGGUACCGGUCGACACUUACGCUCAAGAAAAGGCUAAAGCUAGGGAAACCAAUGGUAGCGAGGGCUUCGAUAUGGCGGACUGUGAGAUCCCUGGUGCCGACAACCGAGGUUGGGCUUUCGAGAUGGACGAGUCUGGUGUUUAUCAGAUCUACGAGAAGCUCGAGGAGAAGCCGGAAGACAGGAAGCGACUGUUCCGCAACGUGACUCUGCGGGAGUACUACACGGAUUUGGAUUACGUUCUUAACGUCUGUUCGGACGGGCCGGCAAAGAGCUUCGCUUUCCGCCGGCUGAAGUAUCUCCAGUCCAAAUGGUCCCUGUAUACAUUGCUCAAUGAAUACCAGGAGAUUGCGGACGUCAAGGCGGUUCCUCAUCGAGACUUUUACAAUGUCCGUAAGGUCGACACCCAUGUUCACCAUUCGGCGAGCAUGAACCAGAAGCACUUGUUGCGCUUCAUCAAGAGUAAGAUGAAGCACUCUCCCAAGGACACUGUCAUCUUCCGAGACGGCAAAUACCUGUCUCUUGAAGAAGUAUUCCAGAGUCUCAACUUGACGGCAUACGAUCUGUCCAUCGAUACUUUGGAUAUGCAUGCCCAUCAAGAAUUCCACCGGUUCGACAAAUUUAACGAUCGCUACAACCCCACCGGGUCAAGUCGAUUGAGGGAGAUCUUCUUGAAGACUGACAACUACCUCGGGGGACGAUACUUGGCAGAGCUCACCCGAGAGGUCAUUGCGGAUACCGAACAAAGCAAGUACCAAAAUGUGGAAUGGCGAUUGAGCAUAUACGGCCGCAACAUCAACGAGUGGGACAAACUGGCGAAAUGGGUGGUGAAACACAAGCUAUUCUCGCACAAUCUGAGAUGGCUCAUCCAGAUACCUAGACUGUACGAAGUGUUCAAGGGCGCCAAGCAGAUCGACAACUUCCAGGACAUCAUUCGAAAUGUAUUCCAGCCGUUGUUUGAGGUCACGAAAGAUCCGUCUUCGCAUCCCGAAUUGCACGUCUUCCUUCAGAGGGUUGUAGGCUUCGAUAGCGUUGACGAUGAAUCCAAACCCGAGAGGCGUCUCUUCCGCAAGUUCCCUGUCGCCGGGACCUGGAACACCGCUCAAGGCCCUCCUUACAGCUACUGGAUCUACUACAUGUACGCCAACAUGGCUUCCCUGAACGCUUGGAGGCGGGCGAGAGGCUUCAAUACGUUCGUCUUGAGACCUCACUGCGGUGAAGCCGGAGAUCCCGACCACUUGUCUUCUGGAUUCCUCGCCGCCCAUUCUAUCUCGCACGGAAUUUUGCUGCGAAAGGUGCCAGCCCUGCAGUACCUGUUCUACUUGAAGCAGAUCGGUCUUGCCAUGAGUCCUCUUUCGAACAACGCUCUCUUUUUGACAUACGAGAGAAACCCCUUCAAGGACUUCUUCCGUACCGGUCUCAACGUCUCUCUCUCAACUGAUGACCCCUUGCAGUUCCACUUGACCAAGGAACCUCUCAUGGAAGAAUACUCUGUAGCGGCCCAGAUCUACAAAUUCACGCCAGCUGACAUGUGCGAACUCGCCCGAAACUCGGUCUUGCAAAGUGGCUGGGAAAUGCAGGUCAAGAAACACUGGUUGGGCAACAAGUGGUAUCUACCGGGUGUAGCUGGAAACGAUAUCGACAAGACAAACGUGCCCAAUAUCCGUCUCGGCUACAGACAUGCCGCCCUUCUGGAAGAGCUGACUUUGAUCAAGAGCAAUGGUCGCGCAGCGCCAAACCCCUCGGAUAGCAUGACCAAGGUCAACAGACAGACUGCCAGCGUUCCAAUCACCGCCAAAGGCUAUCAAGUGAUGUCUGACGAAGCAGUCGGUGCUGCUGCCAUGAAUGGUUCUCCAAACACCAUGUUCCCGAAGAUUCCGGUUCCUCCUGCCGAAGUGAGUCGGGAUGGGAAUUUCGGCAUUGGAUGA